GGGCUCUGUGUUAGGUGUGGUAGAGAAGAAAUUAGCAAGCCAUGGUGGUUAAAUCCAGGGCAGCCUUAGAAGACACGUUUAAUGCCAUGGAAGGGCAAUAAAAGUGGGUUUUUUAUUUUAUAAAAGAGAAAAUAACAUCUGGGGAAGAAUCGGUUAUGGUGUUGCUAGAAAACACAGUUGUGAAAGGUGUUUAUUAAAAUAGAAAAAUUCAAAAUUGGAAGGAAUUGCUACUUAAAUGCACCCGGCGUGGGUGAGGUAUUGAAAAAUAUAGUAGAAGUGUAGCGACAUUCAUACCAGGUUGGUUUCUGCUUUUGGAUGGUUUUUGAAAGUUAAGGAAUUGUGACAUCUGAAGGGAUUUCUCUGUGUGGGUUUUGUUUCAAUAAGGAGGUAGCCAUAGCCAUUGCCAUAGAUUAUGGAAUUUGUCAGGUUAUUUGAAUCUGUGUGGAAUUUGCUGCCCGUGACAUCAUGGCUCAAGGCUCGCAGAAUGGCAGGUGGGCGGGCAGCGAAGUUUCUUCCUGUGAGCAAAUGUGGGGAUUUAGCGAGUAGGGAAAACCAGAGUGUCGUAUCUGAUCUUGAUGGUACUCUGAUGAGAUCCAGUUCUUCUUUUCCUUACUUUAUGCUCAUGGCUUUUGAAGCAGGGGGGCCUCUCAGAGCAUUGGUGCUCCUCCUGGCUUCGCCUCUGGUGUGGGUUUUGUACUAUUUUGUCUCUGAGGCGGCUGGCGUCCAAGUUAUGAUCUUUUUGGCCAUGGCAGGAAUUAAGGUGACGCAGGUUACCAGUGUGGGAAGGGCUGUUCUGCCCAAGUUUUAUAUAGAAGACAUGCAUCCUCAAGCGUACAAGGUUUUUGUGUCUUGUGGGAAGAGAUAUGUUGUGACUGCUAAUCCCAGGAUUAUGGUGGAGCCGUUUCUCAAGGAGUAUCUAGAUGUGGAGUGUGUUCUGGGGACUGAACUGCAGGUUGUUGCUGGUUAUUGCACUGGCUUGGUGGCCAAACCAGGGGUGUUGAUUGGAAUGAAGAAGCAGAGAGCUGUCAAGGACUUCUUUGGAGAAAAGAAGCCCGAUAUUGGCCUUGGUGAUCGCCUCACUGAUUUCCCUUUCAUGUCUCUAUGCAAGGAAGCAUAUGUUGUGCCCUCAGACAAAAAUUUGGAAACUGUACCAAGGGAACAAUACGUGAAGCCGUUGAUUUUCCACGAUGGGCGAUUAGCUGUUCGACCCACGCCAUUGAUUUCCAUAGGGAUUUUUCUGUGGUACCCAAUAGGCAUAUUUUUGGCCAUAACCAGGAUGUUGGUAGGGUUAUGCCUGCCUUACCACCUUGCAGUCCCUGUGGGAGCGUUCCUGGGAGUAAGAAUCAGAGUAAAAGGUUCACCUCCAGUCCAGAGAGAGGAUACCAGUGGGGUUUUGUAUGUUUGUCCUCACAGAACUCUAUUAGACCCCAUAUUUCUCACAUCAGCCCUGGGACGCCCUGUUACAGCAGUCACCUACAGCCUCAGUAGAAUGUCUGAAAUCCUGGCUCCCAUCAAGACAGUCCGGUUAACAAGAAACAGAAAAUUUGAUGGACCCACCAUGCAACGUCUCUUGAAAGAAGGAGAUCUGGUUGUCUGCCCAGAGGGGACGACAUGCAGGGAACCUUAUUUGCUUCGUUUUAGUUGUCUGUUUGCAGAAUUAGCAGAUGAUAUUGUUCCAGUGGCCAUGAAUGCAAAUGUGAGUAUGUUCUAUGGAACCACAGCCCGGGGAUUCAAGUGCCUUGAUCCUAUAUUAUUCUUAAUGAAUCCUUCUCCUUGCUAUGAUGUUGAAUUCAUGGAGAAACUUCCCAAGGAGUUAACUUUUUCAGGAGGCAAAUCAAGUUUCCAGGUAGCCAAUUACCUGCAGAAAAAGCUGGCAGAUAAACUUGGAUUUGAGUGCACAAAUUUCACCAGAAGGGACAAGUACAUGAUGUUAGCAGGCAAUGAAGGAAUAGUGCCAGAGAGAUAAAAUUAUACUAAAUCAUUGCAGCCCAUAUCAGUCUAAUCCUCUGUUGUUAAAUUCCCCUGUUUAGCAGCUAUUCCUAGGCUGGUGAUAUUCCAAGGAUCUUGGUUGGUUGGUGGAAUGUAUAGGUAAUAUGAUUUACAUAGCAUUAAGUCCUGACCUACCAGGACAGAAAAUACUAAAAUUAAAUGAGAUUACAGGAGAGGUUACACCAUGCAUAAAAUCAUUAUAUGUUUUUAGCUACUCUGACGAGAUACAGGUUGAAUUCUGACACGCUCUAGUGUAAUUUGAAAGUAAUAAAGGCAGCCCACGUCCUUCAUCCCGAUUCGAAGGAGCGUGUGGCGCCUCAAUUUGAUGUCUGUAAAUUAGGUGGAUUCAUUAAUAUUCAUUGCCAUGAUUCAUUUAUUUUUC